AUGUACAGUUACUUGACGAUUUCCAGCAUCUUUCUGGCUACGUUUGCUGGAGCUACAGCAGCCAGUAACUACGGCGAGUACGAGUAUGUGGUUGUCGGGUCAGGACCAGGCGGCGGAACUUUGGCUGCGAACCUUGCACGGGCUGGUCAUUCCGUUUUCCUGAUAGAAGCAGGAGGCGACCACGGAGAUGAACUACUCCAAAGAGUGCCUUCUUUUAGCGGCAAUGCGGCGGAGACUGCCAACCAGUCCUGGUCCUUCUUUGUGAACCAUUAUCAAGAUGAUACGCAAGCUAGGAGAGAUGACAAAUUCACGUAUUCAUUUCCCAAUGGCUCUUACUAUGUCGGCCUCAAUCCUCCCGAGAGCACAACGCCACUGGGCAUUUUUUAUCCUCGAGGCAAUACUGUCGGAGGUUCCUCCCAAGUCAAUGCUAUGAACUUUGCCUUGCCUCCAGACAAUGACUGGAAGUAUAUUGCCGAGUUGACUGGCGAUGAUUCCUGGCUGCCCGAAAGCAUGCGGCAGAUAUACAUCGAUCUGGAAAGAGCCCAUUCUGUCCCUCCGGGCACCCCGGGCCGUGGCUUCGAUGGUUACAUCUCGAGCAAUCUCAAUAAUGUUUCAUACGUUACAAACACAACACAUGUAGCUGCUGUAGUCCGUGAAGGAAUCCGCCGUCUCGAGGGAAUCGAAGUUGAAGACCAAACUCAUCUUUCUGAGCUUCUGCAGAGAGAAAUCAACGCGCUCGAUACUCCUAUGUAUGGAAACGGCUCGUGGUUUCAGAUGCCAGUUCAUGUCGACUCUCUGCGUCGGCGAAGCGGUGCGCGAAACUUUAUCAUAGACACGAUACAAAGGGAAAACGAAGACGGGUCUCAGGCAUAUCCCCUCACGUUGAGCACCCACAGUCUCGCCACCAAAAUCCUGUUCAAGCAAGAUGGUGGUGAGCCAAGGGCGGUGGGUGUGGAGUAUCUCCAGGGUGAAGGUCUCUAUGCCGCAGAUAGACGUUACGACGAGAAGACCAGCGGCGAGCUCCAAAAAGUCUUUGCAUCACGAGAGGUCAUCGUUGCCGGGGGCGCAUUCAAUACUCCCCAAAUUCUCAAGCUGAGUGGCGUCGGGCCUUCCAAGGAACUCAAGGAACUGGGUAUUCCCGUUGUCAAAGAUCUGCUGGCCGUGGGCAACUACAUGCAAGACAACUACGAAGGCGGGGUCCGUGUGCGUGCUUCAACCGACUGGGACUUCCCCUAUGAAGCAAGAUGUUUUUCGGGUUCGGGCGAGUGUUUGACCGAGUGGCUCGAGCAUGGCCAGAGCAUCCUGGGCGAGGCUGGCGCUCCCGUAAGCUUCACCUAUCGCUCCAGCGUUUCGGAAAACGAAGACGCCGAUCUCUUUUUCUUUGGUACACCUGGAGCCGUGUUUACUGGCUUUUUCCCUGGCUACUCGACUGCAUUCGUGUUUGACCCACCCGUCUUCACCUGGUCUAUCGUCAAGAUGCAAACGGGAAACACUGCAGGAACAGUGACUCUCAAGUCCAGCAACCCACGAGAUGUCCCAAUCAUCAACUUCAACUAUUUCCAGGAGAUGGCUGAUCGGGACUUGCAAGCGAUGGCCGAGGGUGCAAACUACAUCAUCGAGGUGUUCCAAAACCUUGGCUCGCCAUACACGCCCGUGGAGGUCAUUGCGCCAAAUCCAGAACUUGAUGUGAACCAGGCUCUGAUGGAUGAGGCUUUCAGUCACCACGUCACGUCAACCUGCCGCAUGGGACCAAAGGACGAUCCAGAAUAUUGCGUCGACAGCACAUUCAGAGUCAACGGGGUCAAGGGCCUUCGAGUCGUCGACGCAUCCGUCUUCCCCCGCACCCCUGGCGGGUUCCCCGUUGCGCCUACUUUUAUGAUUGGCCUCAAGGCAGCACGCACAAUCUUGGCCGAGCUGGUUUCCGAGUCAUAG